AUGGAAGAAGGGAAAGAAGCCGUCAUGGUAACACCGGGAGAAGUCUUGGGAAGAAGCAGCGAUGUCAAAGCUGGAAGAGGAGCAUACACGGCGCUUCACAACAACACCGUUUACGCCUCCCUAACCGGCUUCCGCCGCACCAUUCCUCCACCGCCAGACUCUCCUGACCAGAGGCCGACUGUUGAAGUAACUGGUCAUAAGGCGCAUGGACCUGUUCCACAGCCUGGAUCUGUUGUCAUUGCGCGGGUCACUAAAGUGAUGGCUCGGUCCGCUUCAGCUGAUAUUAUGUGUGUUGGGGCUAAGUCUGCUCGAGAAAAAUUUACCGGCAUUAUUAGGCAGCAAGAUGUUAGAGCUACUGAGAUUGAUAAAGUAGACAUGCACUUGUCUUUUCACCCUGGCGACAUUGUUAAAGCUCUUGUGCUUUCUCUUGGAGAUGCACGGGCGUACUUUCUAUCUACUGCAAAGAAUGAACUCGGUGUUGUUUCUGCAGAAAGCAUUGCUGGUGAAACCAUGGUUCCGGUAAGUUGGACAGAGAUGCAGUGCCCUUUAACUGGUCAAAUUGAGCAAAGAAAGGUUGCAAAGGCUUCAAGCUGA